CACAUAGCCAUUUUUAUGUCAAUAUAACCUUUUCAAAUAACACCUCUUGGUGUUUAUCGGCUGUCAUAGUUUUAUUUAGGGUUUUUUCUUAAAUGGAGUUUCAGUGCAGAUCUUUGCUUAACGUUUUCUUUCAUGUCUGACACACAGGAGAUGUCCCAGGAUUUAUCCAAUGUUAUGGAUGCUGAAACUGGAAGUACUAAUACAUCACUAGAAGACAAAACUGAUGACUUUUGUGAAAAUCCAACUCGAGAUUCCAUUGCUGAAGGUUUGAUGAGCCUUUUGAAACCGACAAUAGAUCAAUUAGAUGAAAGAGUUCGUGCAACAAGAGUAAGCCAAUUGGAACUUAAAUCGCAGUUAGAUAUUUUAUCUGAAGAACUAAAGAAGAUUUCUGCUGAUCAAACUUGUCCCAUAGACUUAGAAGUUUAUUCAAAUAAAUUAAUAAAUUCUCGUCAUAAGAUUUCAGUUGUAAAUAAUAUUUUACAAGCAGCACAGGAUCGCCUGCAAAAACUCCAUAACCAAUUGAGUAAAGAUAUUGCAAAGAGGAAAAAUAAAGGAGAAUCAAGCCAGAUAAGUCCAACUUUAUAAUGGAAAAUAAAGAGAAACUUGAUACACCUCUAUGGGACCUUAAUAAUUAUGCUGGAGGAGUUUAUGAACCAAUGGAAGACAGUUUUUUAUUAUUGGACACAUUGGAAGAAGAACUACCUUUGAUCAGAAAUCUGAAUCCAGCAAUUAUUUUGGAAAUCGGAAGUGGAUCUGGAAUUAUUAUUUCAUCCCUUGCAGGAGCUUGUCAAAAUUCGUUUUGUAUGGCAAUAGACAUUAAUCCCACAGCUUGUUUGGCAACUGAAAACACCGCUAAGUUAAAUGGAACCUCUGUAAAUGCUAUUCAAGGGGACCUUGUAAAUGGCCUAAAGUUGAAGAAUCUUAUAGAUGUUUUGGUUUUUAAUCCGCCGUAUGUUCCAUCAGAAGACAAAGCUGGAAAUGAAUUAAUUGAUAAAGCUUGGGCAGGUGGUGUGGAUGGGAGAGCAACUACUAACAGAUUGUUCCCAUAUUUAAAUGAUUUGAUGUCGGAAAAAUCUGUUGGAUAUUUAGUGGCUAUAUCAGAGAAUAAUCCCCUUGAAAUGUGCACGAUACUCGAAAACAUGGGUUUUAAAGCAGAUAAUAUUAAAAGUAGAAGAAUCCUUGGUGAAUAUUUAUCUAUAUUACGAUUUACAAAGGGAAUUUAAUAUAUAUAUAUAUAUAUAUUUUUUUUUUUUUGUAUAAG